CAACAGCUGAAUGGACAAAUUCCGAACGAAUGGUUGGGUCGUAGAGCCUUGACUGACUGUGAUGGAGUCGGCACCUGUCCAGCUGCGCAGCCCGGACAACGUGCAUAGAAUACAAGCCUGGGAGAACAAUUGAGUGCGAUCCAAAUACUGGAGGGUGCCUAUCUUGUAAACCGGCUGCGCCGUACUGCAACACAAUCACCAACGUCCUCGAAGACCAGUAUAUUAUGUGGUGUGAUUCCACGGCGACGGUCGAAACCCUGUCUUAUGUCAAUUUGAUCACUUCGGGCUCGACGGCGACCCCUCCACCUGCAGCGGUCACUUCCAUGAGUUCAGUUGCGGCAAGCACUUUGGUCCCAGUCACGGAAACAUUAACAAUGACAUCUUCCAUAUCUAUCGGGGCUGUGGCAACUAGCACGCCUAGCUCCAGUAUCUCAGAGAACGCACUAAAUUCCCAUGCAGCUUCCUCUUCGAAGCAGUCACCAAUUGUAACCGGCUCCCCGUCAAAGCCUUCGUCGAUUCCGACUUCAUCAUCCACUCUUAGUGCUGGAGCAAUUGCCGGUAUUGCAAUUGCCGGGCUCGCAUUUCUUGCUCUUGUUGCUUUCUUGGUGUUUUGGUUCUGUAUCCGCCACAAGCUCCUAGCCAGUCAUCGAUUUCGAGGGGCCGGAAGUGUUUCAGAAAAAUAUAUGCGUCUCUUUGGGAAUCGGAAACGCCAUCCAGGAUUAUGGAACGAGCCUCUAGAACAAGGUCCAGGCGUUUCUCAACUAGACAGCAAGGAGCUCUCCGGAAAGCCAAAGCUAGUUGUGGUUUCUGAGCCACCCUGGAGCCCAGCGAGUUUUGAAUCCCACAGAUCAAGUCCCGAACUCGGGGUUUCUCCUAUGUCCUCGGGGCCAGCUUCGCCUCCUCUGUCCUGGCAUCCACGUCCUUCUUCACUUGCAGUUGACAUCACUUCAUCAUACCAGCCAUAUGAUCCACAUAUUCCAAGGCCUGUAGCCGAAUUACCAGCGUCGAUUAUGGAUUCAAACGAGCUCUCCACCACAAUCACAAGGCCCAGAGAAAGCCUAGCGAUGCAAUCAUCCUACCUAAGCGCUGAGAUGGCGCUUGCAGACGGAUAUGUUGAAUCUCCAAGCUCUGCAGGAAUAUAUGAAGCAAGCGGCGGCGCAAUCGUCAAUCAUGCAGAGCUCGAAGGGGAUGGGCAACAAGUUUCAAAACAAGACCUAGAGCGCGAGGAGGUAGUGCAUAAUCAAGGGUUGACAGACCAACAACAACGAGACGGAAAUCUUGACCAAAGCCUGAUUUAAAGAAAAAGAAAACCGAAUUUAAAGUGAUAACAAGAUUCUCAAGCGCUAAGCAUGCUCAUGAAUUAUUUGUAGAUUGUGUUUUCCCAAGAGUGCUAACAGACUGAAAAAAAAAGGACUCGUUGCGGCAGGCUUUAUGAAAUAAGCUCAAUUGCAACAAUAAAUACAAAAC